AUGUCGGAAGCGGGGAGCUCGGAGGUGGAGAAGAAGCGCCCCCCUCCCGUGAAGGUGCUGUCGGGCCAGCUGAGGGCGGCGGGGAACCGAGGUCCGAGCAGCGGGGAGGGCUGCGUGCUGAGGCUGGCCGGAGGCCGCUCCCUGCCGGUGUCGCUGGUGUGGAUGCAGGGGACCGUGAUGGAGGUGCAGCUGCACGCGGACAGCGUGCUUCUCAUGGACGAGACCGGAACCUUCACGGUGCAGGGCGUCGGCAGCGUGCCCAGAGGGAAGCCCUGCCUGUCUCCAGGGAAAUAUGUCAUGGUGAUGGGCGUCAUCCAGGCCGUCUCCCCGGAGCCAGUCAUCCGUGCCGUGAAGAUGGCCGACCUCUCGGAGCUCGCCGCUCUUCACAGACGCAUGUGGAAGCUGGAGGUGGAGGACCUGCAGCACGUGCUGGCCUGAGUGAAGAAGAAGAAACUCCCUACAAGGGCCUCAACGCCACUUUGUCCAACAUGUCAGCUCCAUGAGGGAUCUAAGAGAGACACUUUGUUUUUGUGCACAAUAUAUUUAUUUGUAAUAGUUUUGAUACAAUAA